AUGGAUUCUUCACUUGACGUCAUAGAGGUGUCACGAGUCACACCUUCAAAAGCUGACUCGCCCGAGUCACUCACUCUCCCGCUCACCUUCUUCGACCUUCUCUGGUUCAAAAUCCACCCGGUCCAGCGAGUCAUCUUCUACAAACUCACCGACGCCACUCGCCCUUUCUUCGACUCAGUCAUCGUCCCCAAUCUCAAAUCCUCUCUCUCCUCAACCCUCUCUCACUACCUCCCUCUCGCCGGAAAACUCGUUUGGGACUCUCUCGACCUAACACCGAGCAUCGUCUACACCCCGAACGACGCCGUUUCAUUCACCUUCGCCGAGUCAAACGCCGAUUUCUCUCUUUUAACCGGUGAAAAACCGUUCCCCUCCGCCGAGUUGUACCCGUUGGUGCCCGAGUUAACAAACUCCGAUGACUCGGCCACCGCCGUGUCGUUUCAAGUCACGCUUUUUCCUAACCAAGGGUUUUGCAUAGGCGUAAGCGCACACCAUGCCGUUUUAGACGGGAAAACAACAACCAUGUUUCUCAAAUCCUGGGCCCACACAUGCAAACAACAACAACAAGAGCGAACGGCGAAUACAUCCUUACCGCAGGAUCUAAUCCCGAUUUUCGAUCGAACGGUCAUAAAAGGUCCAGAGAAUAUCGAAACGGAGAUUAUAAACGCGUGGCAAUCUUUAUUCAAACUGUUCACCGGCGGCAAAGAACCAGAGAACCCCAAGAGCUUAAAGCUUUUUCCGUCGCCGGCGAUCAGCUCCGACGUCUUCCGAUUCACACUCGAACUCACUCGAGAAGAUCUCCAAUCGCUUCGAGAGCGACUCAAGAGAGAAUCUCAAUCAAAGGAGCUUCGAUUGUCGACGUUUGUGGUCACGUACUCGUACGCGAUGACGUGUUUAGUCAGAGCACGCGGCGGAGAUCCGAAUAGACCAGUCGGGUACGGAUUCGCGGUGGAUUGUCGGAGCCUCUUGGAUCCGCCGGUUCCGUCAAACUAUUUCGGGAACUGCGUUUCGGCGUCGUUUAAAAAGCCGUUCAAGGCGGAGACGUUGAUGGGUGAGGAAGGGUUUUUGGCUGCUGCGAGAUUCGUCAGCGAUUCGGUUGAGGCGUUUGAUGAGAGUGUGGCGUUGAAGAUUCCGGAGCUUUUGGCAGGGUUUGCGGAUUUUCCACCAGGGGCACAGAUUCCGUCUGUUGCCGGGUCGACCCGGUUUGGGGUAUACGGGUUGGAUUUCGGGUGGGGAAGACCGGAGAGAGUGGUGGUUGUGUCGAUCGAUCAAGGAGAAGCGGUUUCAAUGGCGGAGGGUAGAGAUGGGAAUGGUGGUGUGGAGGUUGGCUUCUCGCUCAAGAAACAUGAAAUGGACGUUCUUGUUGAUUUGCUUCGUGAAGGGCUUAAAAAAUAA